CAGUCCGGCGGCCUUUACUGCGGUGCUGCUGACUGCCCCCGCGGGCUGCAUGGCAUUCAUACCGUCCUGCCGUCCACAGCGAGCGGUGUAGCGAGCAGGCCCGGUCUGGAGGCAGCAGGGCACGGCACGGAGCGGUACAGCUGCAGGGUUGGAGAUACGCGGUUUUAUCGGCGAGGCUGUGGGUGCUUUAUGCCUGAUCUGUUCGCGUUAAGGCUGGGCGGAGGCAGCACGGCAGCACGAUGAUCGAGAGACCAGAAUCCGCUGUUUCCAGCGUUGCGCAGAGAAAUCUGGAGGGAUAUGUGGGCUUUGCCAACCUGCCCAACCAGGUGUAUCGCAAAUCCGUCAAGAGGGGUUUCGAGUUCACGCUCAUGGUGGUUGGUGAGUCCGGAUUGGGUAAAUCCACACUCAUCAACUCCCUCUUCCUGACGGAUCUGUACUCCAAAGACUAUCCCGGCCCCUCCCAGAGGAUCAAGAAAACAGUACAGGUGGAGCAAUCCAAAGUGCUAAUUAAGGAGGGCGGAGUCCAGCUCACGCUUACCAUCGUGGACACGCCAGGGUUUGGCGACGCUGUGGACAACAGUAACUGCUGGCAGCCAGUCAUCAAUUAUAUAGACAGUAAGUGUGAGGACUUCCUAAACGCUGAAUCGCGGGUUAACCGAAGACAAAUGCCAGACAACCGGGUGCACUGCUGUCUGUACUUCAUCGCCCCCUCUGGUCACGGUUUGAAGCCUCUGGAUAUUGAGUUUAUGAAGCGUCUGCACGACAAGGUCAACGUCAUCCCACUCAUCGCCAAGGCUGACACACUAACACCAGAGGAGUGCCAGCUCUUUAAGAAACAGAUUAUGAAGGAGAUUCAGGAGCACAAGAUAAAGAUCUAUGAGUUUCCAGACACAGAGGAGGACGAGGACAGUAAGCUCAUCCGCAAGAUAAAGGAGCGGAUGCCUCUGGCUGUGGUUGGCAGUAACGUGGUGGUGGAAGUGAAUGGGAGGAAGGUCAGAGGGCGUCAGUACCCCUGGGGCGUGGCAGAAGUGGAGAAUGGAGAGCACUGUGACUUCACUGUCCUGAGGAACAUGCUCAUCAGGACCCACAUGCAGGAUCUGAAGGAUGUGACCAAUAACGUCCACUACGAGAACUACCGCAGCAAGAAGCUGGCUGCUGUUACCUGCAACGGAGUGGAUGCCAGCAAGAGCAAGGGUCAACUGACCAAGAGCCCUCUGGCUCAGAUGGAGGAGGAGCGGAGAGAACAUGUGAUGAAGAUGAAGAAGAUGGAAACCGAGAUGGAGCAAGUUUUCGAGAUGAAGGUCAAAGAAAAGAAACAAAAGUUGAAGGACUCUGAAGCAGAGCUGGAGCGACGGCAUGAGCAGAUGAAGAGGAACCUGGAGGCGCAGUAUAAAGAGCUGGAGGAGAAGAGGAGGCAGUUUGAGGAGGAGAAGGCCAACUGGGAGAUGCAGCAGCGCAUACUGGAGCAGCAGAAACUUGACGCCUCCAAGACCAUGGAAAAGAAUAAGAAAAAAGGGAAGAUCUUUUAACGAGGCCGGUGUCCGUUCCUCCAGACCAACAACACAAACUCCUUUUUACAGCCCACGUCCCCUUUGAUGCUCUCCUGAUUUAUGACCCCCUUGUUAAACACACACACACACACACACACACAUGCAUACAUGCAGCAUUGUAAUUGCAUAGUUUUCUUCUCACAUUCCAUUCUGACAUUCCAAAACGGGACAGAUGUAGAUCAUUUUUAGCUGUAUUCAGUUCAGAAGUUCUUGUACAUACGUUUUUAAAUGCUUAAAUGAAGCUACAUUUUUUUCAUGCACACACAAACACACACUUUUUACGUAGUUAAUCUUUGGUUUGUUGCGCUCUUUUGUGGACAGUGGCUGCUACUGCACUCCUGUCCUGAGCGCAUGUCUGUCUGGUAGUAGAUGUUCUCAUGACGAAGAGGAUAGUAAUAGACAUCCCUCCGAUGACUUGCAGUGAAAACGGGCAUUUAUCUGUUCUCAUCUGUCUCUGCUGGGUGGGAGCGACUGCUUUAACCAUAGCAGGCUUGUUUACAGCCGCUUUCACACACUUUCGUCAGGUUUUUCUCAAGGGUUUGGCUCAUAUUGAGAGAUGAUUUGAAUCAGAAGGUAGAGGAUGUGGCUGUGAACGUGAGUUAAAGGGUUUAGUGCGGUUGAAUAAAGCUGUAUUAAUUUUACCCAAUAUGGGCUGAGUGGGACUGUGGUCUGUAAUGUAAGGGUUAGAUGGUAAGAGGAGGUAUUAUCGGAGAUUGAUGAUACAGUUACAUGUGUCUCUGGUUUGUGUGUGUGAGUGUGUGUGUCUGAGUGUAUAUGUGUGAGUGUGUGUUUUUUAAUAGGGGGUCAUGAAUAUAGUCAUGAGAUAGUGUCUGAAGAUCCUCCCCAAGUAACACAUCUCUGUACAGUUAAAGCACAUCUGAUUCAACUGUAAUAAAUUCAUUUUGCCGUUCUUAUAAUAAUAAUAACAAUAAUAAUAAUAAACCCUGGCUGGAUAAUAUGUAUUCAAAUAUUAGUGUCCCUAUAAUACAUAGUGUAAUGCACCAUCAGCAUGGGUGUCCAAAUGUUUUCAAUGAUAACAGUGAUGACUGAUGUGGAUGGUUAUGAUGACAGUACUGUUGAUACUUACUUAUGUAACGGUUCCAUUUGCCCUGAUUCUGUUGCAAAACAGCACAAACUGAAAGGGCAUGAAUUCUUUUUUUUUCUAUUUGUGUUUUUCCCCAUUUAUGUUUCUUUAUCUGUAGAGUGAUUACUCUUAUUCUGUGCCCCCAUUUUACCAUUAACCCCCAUGACCCUCAUUAUUGAGGAUGAUGAGAUGUUUCCUCCAGGUUCUCCUCACAUGAAGAUUGCUGAUCUUGUAGUAAAGUAGUAAAGCUUUAAAGGUUAUUAUUGCUACAGUACAUAUACCUUGUUUGUUGUUAAUUAGUGAUUUUAUCACUAAUGCAUACUACUAUCUAUACAAAUUACCAGUAGCCAUAACAUUAACAUUAACCAGAACAGAUGCAGGUAAAGAUAAUGAAAAAUGCAGAAAAAGAAACAAAGAUUACUUACUUCAUAUGUUGCAAGCACUCAUUUGGAUGUAUUUAAUUAAUUUGAUCAUCAGCUCACCUGAUUUAGCUAUAAUAUAAUAACUAUAAAUUAAUUUAAUAUAAGUACAGCUAGAUUGUCACAAGUUGACAACACUGAUGUAAAACCACUGCUUUGUGUAUAAAUGUUCUAUAAAUUUGUAUUUAUAAUAGUAUUAGUUACUGUACGCCUUAUACAGUGUAGAUACUGUAUACUAAAAUACUGUAAGCUAGACAUGUUUUAUUCAAUAAUUCAGUCUUUAAGAACUUCAGUAAGUUAUUAAAUUAGAGAUUAUGUUCUAGAAUGAUCUAUAUCAGCAUCAUUUUUACAUCCCUUUCCGUUUACUUACUUACUGUCAUUAGUGGAGUUAAGUUAAUAUGUUUUAUAAGUAAAACAUAAUCCAGAUUCAUCUAGUGCAGCACUUUGUUCAGUGCAGUUUUCUCUGUAGCCUGUAUCUAUUUGCUAUGCAGACACCAGCUAGUGGUGCAGUAUAUUAGAGUACUGCACUGAUGCUGAGUAUUGGUAACUGUGGGUAGUGUAACAGUCUGACCCUGGAUCAGGAAUCUUUCUGUUUGUGAGACUGGAGGAAGCGUCCAUCCCACUCAAUUUAAUACCAGGCUGCUAAACUUGUUGGACACACUCUGCUCAACACAUUGAAUAUUUUAGCUCAUUUUGUUUCUACAAGCCAAGCUUACAGCUAACAGGCCCUAAGACUAGACUACCACAGGCCAAAUAGUACAUAUUAGGACAUAUUAGCACGCAUGCACACACACAAACACACACACAAACACAUACACAUUUAGCCACUAACAUCAACUCUUAACACAACCAAGAGGAAGUAAAACAAAUGCAGACACACAAAUACAGUCAUUCACUAUGCAAGCUCAAAGUUUUCGUUCUUCCGGCUGUGAUAUAAAGUCACUACAGCCACCGCUCAGAACUCUGGAUAGAGCAGAGUUCAGAGUUAACCUUUCACUCUAAUCAUUCUCCACACACUCCCUGACCAUUCCCAAAACCAUUCCUUUGAUAUUCCUAAAUGUUUCUCUAAAUAUUCACAGUCCUUUCAGUAACUUUCUAUAACCCUUAUCAGAAUUUCCCUAAUCCCUUCCCCUAAUCAUUCCCAAACUUUACUAAACAUUCCCAAACCUCCCACUAUACCUUCCCAAGAUCUUUCCCUAAUCAUUUCCAAACCUUUCCCCAAGUCUACCUCUAACCGUUUCUGUUCUUUCCAUAGCCAUUUCCUAUCAACUUCCAAUAUGUUCCCAAACCAUUCUGAAAUCCUUUUUACCCUUCGAUACAUUAUUCCUUCCCAAAAUAUUCCUUCAUCUUUCUCUUAUGACUCGCAAAACCAUUCCAAAACUUUUCUUUAACAAUUCCUAAAACUUUUUCAUAACGUUUUCAUAAUGCCUGAGCCCAAAACCCAAGUCCACCCCUUAUGUGUGUGUUUUUUUUAACUUUUUUUAUAUGUAUACGGCUUUCAGUGUAUUGCUUUUUUUUUUCUUCAUUUUAUUAUUGUCUCUUCUGUCUGCCUAACUGUACAUUAUUAUUACGAUUAAAGAUGAAAUGGUUAUGCUAAAACAA